CUGGUCUACAGCACAAGCCUGUUCUACAACCCCUGCCAGCAACCCAGGCAACCCCUGGCAGCAACCCAGUGAUCCUGAGACCCAGUCCAGCUGUGAUCCCUAUUGAGUGUCACUAUCCCAGCUCCUCUCCACAGAUCCAUGUGGGUGCUGGACCAUACGCUUCAACAGGAGCUAAGCUUCCACCCAUCCAACACCUAAUCCUGAUGAUUAAAUGAGAGCAUGGAGCAGGAGGCAUAAAGAUUCCAGAGGGGCUCCAUAUGCUGCCUGUGGUGCUCAUGGAGAGCUUGCCUUGCAGAGGACUGGAACACUGAGAGACCAUCCAAUGGAUUCCAGCUUGGGGUGGUCAUGCAUAUCCAAGCUGAUGUCAGCACUGGGAACCAUGUGGCUUUGAGGCGCUGUGUGGCCACCCUGAGCCCAGACAGGGACUCCUCUCCCUGCUAUGCUGUCAUUGACUUCAAUGGCUGCCUGGUGGAUGGCAGAUCAGAUGACAUCCCCUCCGCCUUCAUAUCCCCCAGGUCCAGACAGGACACACUGCAGUUCAUGGUGGAUGUGUUCAGGUUUGCAGGAGAUGCAAGAAAUUUGAUCUAUAUCACCUGCCGUCUGAAAGUCACUGCAGCUGAGCAAGCCCCAGAUCCCUGGAACAAGACUUGUUCCUUCAACAAAGCAGGCAACAUCUGACUUCCAGUGGAAGGCACCAGAGACAUCUGCAGCUGCUGUGAGGCUGGGAGACUGGGAACUGUGUGGGCUGGUUGGAGGACAGUCUGGUAGAGUACCCUCUGGACAGAUGGCUGGGGAGGCACUUCCAGAGAGAUGUGUGUCCAUCCCCCCCACCCCCGGCAUGGUACAUGAGAGGAGCCUGCAAUUACACUGUGAUGGGCUGUUGUGGCUCUGGCUGUAGUUCUGUCCCUUGCUGCCCUGCUAACUUUGAC